AUGUCUUCCAAGACGGGACAGGCCACUGAUGCCAACGAUCUUUUUAACGAACUUCGCAAGGUGUACUGGGAGUCGAUCCAAAAAGAGGCUCAAAACAUGAUUGAGUUCUACGCUCACUUACGUUCCUCGGCUGAUCUUACACUCAAGCCUGAGGUUGACCUGGACUUGUGUUCUGACGGCUAUAAAGUGGGCUGCCAGUCUGGGCUUGACAAAAGUUCCAUGUCCGACUUAUAUGAAGAGACUGUUAAAGCCGCGAGAGUUGAGCUAGUUGAUAUUUGCAGGGAAGACCGGGAAACACAGGUCGUCCGCGGAAUUACUUGCAGCCUUUGUCAGCUUCUCAUCAAAUCCCCGACAUUCUACCAAUGCGAAAAGGGUUGCACGGCAUCUUGCUUCUAUGAGUAUUCACCCGAGAACCCCGAUCCUCCGGUGUUUUAUACCCUCGACGAAAGUAUAACCCAAGACGAGGUUGACUUGAAACGAUAUCCGGCCUACCGUCUUUGCUCUGAAUGCAUGAGCACAACCAACACCGAGAUUCUAAACCGCUGUAGCCACAAUCAUUUGAAUGAGCCAACUUAUAGGGAGCCGGACAUCAAGGAUAUCAAGGCCAUUUGCUCUAGUCUCAUCAAAGCGGAACGCUAUCGACGAAAAGAACAUGAUCGCAACACAGCGUCGGAUUCGGAUAAAAUGGGAGCUGGCUGGAUCGCAAAGACAAAGGCAAAGUUUAUGGACAAGGCUCUCCGAUCAACCGAGGGGCUGUGGCCAACAAACCCGCGGCUGUUUCUUCGCACAGUUGGGCUCAUGAUGAAAGGCCAUUACGCCCCAUCCGGAAACUUCCACCUGUCUCUCAUGUUUGGGCCUCUGGUAUUUGAGUCUGGCCUGCCCAAAACUAAGCACGGUGUUUUCAUCUCUCCACGCCGGCCACCGGCUUUCUUCAGCGACGGCGGAGUAGGAGAUGUCGACGACGCGUGGCGGAUGAGACCGCGGCCUUUUUUCUACUGGGACAGAAACACCAAGACACCCCACCGAGGCGCGAGGCACCGAGGAGCAUCCCUUCGGUCCCCAAGACCGAUCCUCGCUUGUCUCAAGAGAGUUUAUGGUGCUGCCUUUUCCGGAUAUCCCGAGUCAGCGCGGCCGCGCGAAGAUGCUGCCGUGCAACGUUUGAUGUUCCUAGGCGAUAGCUACAUGAGUAUCCCUAGAGAAAAGAAGGCACUAGUUCGACGGGCUAUGCUCAGUCAAAUGGCCGAAGAUUUGCAGUCGAGCCUUGAGAUGUGCCUCGGGGGGGAGGUGGACAAGCAUCUCUCUCGUAUCGCCAACAUCCUUGUACAAAGAAAAGAUAGGGGCGAAUGGAGUAUUCUCACCAACAACUGCCAGCUUCUAGUCAAUCUGCUCCUAGGCGGCAACGACUUCGAGUAUGCCAUCCCGCUGCCUCCCGCAAAUCUCAAAGAGGAAAGCAUCCGGUGGCCGCGGUACCUCAUGAGUUUCGGGAACCACAUCGAGGGCUUCGGCAAGAGCCUCUACCAACCAAACGGACUCAUGACCCAGUACAACCAGAGCAAGCCAGUCGUGGACUACGACCUGAUUGAAUACAUCAAUCAAUGCUUCUGCAGCUCCUUCGACUUCCACUCCAAGUCCCUCGCCCAACUCUGCUGGUUCCCCUGCCCCAACACACCCCCAAAGGACCUCCUCGACACACUCUGGCUCUUGCCCAACGACACCCUCUCUCUUCUACAAUUCCACCUCCUCCGGCCCCCCCAUAAGUACCGCCACCUCAACGACGACGAAGCCGCCUGGACCAACCACCGCCUACACGUACUCCAACACCUCUACACGGUCGGCACCUUCACCGCCGCGCUUAGCAACGCCCUCCACCACCGCCUUUUCGCACCCCCCAGCCCCGAUGGCAGCGGCGGUGGCCAUGACCUCCUUUCACGCAUCACCAUCCCGCCCUCGCGCGUGCUCGGCAACAUACGCGCCGACGAGCGGCUACGUAUCCUCGACCAACUGGGCCCGCGCCUGACCUUCUACGAGAUCACAAACCGCACGCCCAACGCGAUGCGGGCCGUGACGGAGAAUUUGGCGCGGUUCUGGAAACCCGCCCAGGUCACGGACGAUCCGGUGCACGGGGAGGAGGUGGUGUCGCGGAUCGUGGGCUGGUUCCUGCUGCCCGUGUCGUCGGUGAGCCCCACGGUGGGGGAGGCAAUUGGCGGGAGUUUUCGGCUGCAUGAAGAGUUUUGGAUAGCGGUGCAUUUGAGCGGGCGUACAUAUAUCAGGCAGUAUACGGGGAGGAAGGUGGCGAAGGUUAGGUACACGUAA